AUGGAAAGCACUCCCACCUUGGGCUGCAGGCCGGCAAACUUGGCUGUUUCUGCCUUGAGCGCCAGUCGCGCACUGUACAGUAGAGUGGACAGCUUCCAGUCACCCCCAACGUCCGUGCGCGAACUUUUACAAGAGCUUCGAGCUUUGAUGGAUGCUUUAGGCGGACUUAGUGAUACAAUCGGGGCUGUUACUGAUGUUGAUCUACCUACACUUGAGUCCACCUUAUCACGGUGCGGGGUCGCUUGUGAGAAGUUCAAGGAGGAGAUUGGGAAACACCUGCCUUAUCCGGAUGAUGGGAGUGUCAGCCCUCGAUAUUGGGCUAGGUUACGAUAUAUGGGUGGCAACAUCGUCAAUUUCAGGCUCUUGCUAUCUGGGUACAGGUCAGCUUUCGAGGCCACUCUUGUAUCCACACACCUUCGGCACCAAAGCUUCGUCGCCCCUGAAAUCCUCGAACACCAUAAAAACCUCAUCAAAGUUGCCGGAUCGGAUAUCGAAGUCUUUCUCGAAUGUCUUGAUGAUGAAAUAGGCCCAAAAAUUGACUUGGACACAAGUGAGUUUCAACAGCUAAAGGAACAGCGGCUGGGCAUGGACAACUGCCUCGAAAUCUGUACCCGUUUCUUUGACUCUAUUGGUUUGAUUGAAGUCAAACAAGAAGAAAAUGACCAGGCGUCCGAAUCAUAUGACCCAACUGCUUACCCUGGCGAAUGUGGGAAAGGAAGUUUCAGUACUUUUAACAACUAUUCCACGGGCGACGCCGUCAUUUUUACGGUUUCCACCGACAAGAGAACCAUCCAUGGGAGCAAUAAGGCGCUAGGGUGGAGAUCUCGUUUCUUGGUCGGCCAUUGCAAUGACAAGAGUCUUCAGCAAGUAUCAAAAGAUUUUGCUUUCACGAAUACAGGACAUCUUGAACAAAAGGAGUCAUCUACCGGGAGCAAUACCUCUCGUACAGCUGAUAACCAGAAUUCGUGCCAACCUGAAUUUCUCCAGCGGUACGGGCGAGGUUUUGUUGUAUCUAAAUGA